UACAGCGAAGAAAGUGCUACUUUUUUGGAAUCGUAUACGAAAAGAUUGAAAGAGAAAUUUCACUGCUAUUUUUUAGAACUUUGUGCGAUUAGGAAAUUAAAAAUAUGGUCAGCAGCUUAAAAAAAUAGAAAUUUUGAUUUGUUCAAGAUUUACGCUUUCGUAAAAUAUAUCCAGUUGUGCUCGUAAGUGCGACGAGUUCACGAUGACGAGCAUGGAACAUGAAGCAAUCAAGCAGCAGCUUGCUGGAUCAAAUCCACAGGAUCUGGAGAUAGAGGAAGGAGAGGUGACAGACGAGAGCGACGAGGGAUACACUCCUUUGGCGCGACCGACAGAGUUGGCCAAAACGGAGUUCGCUGGCGGAGCUAGUGUAAGCCAACCGCGAACGGCAAUGGAAAUACUUUCGGACCAGGAUGAUCUGAAUGACGAGUCCGAAGCCACAUCGGACGACAGCAACGACGAUUUUGGAGCUAGCUUUGGCAAAAGGAUGCGCAGCAAUAACGACAAAAAAAUCAGAAUCAGGCCACCGCCGCUGGAGAAAAUCCAGCACCCACAAAUGAGCCAUUCAUUGCCGAACAAAUACAACAUCUGGACGGAAAGUUUACAGGAAGAUACUCUGAUGGAAAACAUGCGUGGGUGCGAUGUUACGCUAAAUGGAAUGAGAAACCGAGACGUAGAAUCGUACGAUUACAGUUUAAAAUAUCGGAUGAAUGGAGGUAAUGCGUUUCAAAGGACACUUAAAAGACGACAGUCCAAUUCAGAUGACUCGGAUGGAUUCGGAAAUAGCGGUGGCAAACGAUUUCGAUCCACGUCCUUUGGAGGCAACCGCGAGAGGAAAAGCGUCAAACUACGGCUCGGCACACGGAACAGCAGCGAUAGCAAUAGUAACGAUAGCUUCCAAAAUGCACCCAGGCAUAUUCUAGAUCUGAACGUGACAGAUGACUGUGACAGUCAAAUAUUUGCUGCCGAACUGGCCAAUAAACUUUGCGAAGAGAAGGACGAUCUAAUGUUACGAGUAGUUAGUGUACUGGGUAAGGAUAUACCGGCCAAAUUGUUCAAAGAAACACAAAAGAUCGAAGCCGAUGGAGGAAUGCUUAUAAUGAACGGCGCCCGUCGACGAACCCCUGGCGGAGUGUUUCUCUUUCUUCUCAAACACAACGAGGAAAUCGACAAAGAGGACAAAAAGGCCAUUUUCUUGCUGGAGAAAAAGGCCGCCGUUAAGGAGCGAAAACUUUCGCAAGCCGUCAACCGCGAAAAGAAGGUCGAAGAACUGAAGAAAACGCUGAACCGACAGGCAGCGGAUAACGAACUGCCAACCAGAAGCGAACUGAUGCUGUCGCAUCUAAAACCAGAAACUCACAGCACAUUAUCAAAUCCGCCACCUUCACCUGUUGGAGAUGAAAACCGUGAAGGAAGUCCCGAUUUCGAGCCACAAAAUGUGCACGUUAACGUAACCAGUCCGGAGAAAGGUCUGAACGAUGCCAAGGAGCUGGGUCCAAUGCCGGAGAGCUCUGGUUUACCAACAUCGCCGCAGCUACAGAGUUAUGACGAUGAUUAUCUCGAUAUGACAUGUGACGACAUGGACAUGUUCUAGCGCUGCUCGGCAAUCAGAUGCUGAUCCUCCCCUAAAUACUGUAGGAUGGUACUGAUUUUACGUUUGACUAUAGAUCAAUGAAAGUUCUAUGUUGACCUACUGUAUGCAAAGGAUGAACUAUGGUAUAGACUAACGAUUUUGCCUAUACCAAUUUGCCUCGAUAACGGCGGUUUGGCUGCCCGGUAGCCGACAGAGCAGUAUCGAACAUCGAAUGAAUGAAGCUUACGGACGAAUAUCUCCUGAAGCAUGUGCCAGAGCGAAUGGUAUUCAGUGUACUUGUUUUAUGAAUGCAAAGUGUUACUCGCGCGGAAUUUAGU